AUAACCAGGACUAAAGUAAGGAAUAAAACACAACAGGGCAAAAAACAAUGUAAGGAAUAACACACGGGAGAUGUGACUUGAGGGUUUUACACCAGGUUUACUAGUUAGCAGUAAUCACUAGAUCAUAUACCUGAAAUGAAUUGGGGCCUCUUAAAUUUACCAUGUUUUGUUCUUAUCCUGUCAUAGGAUUUACUUGUAUUCCUCUUUUUCAGAUGGUGAAGAAUUUCACAGAGGAAACAAGAUUCAUAAUAAGUGCUCUAAAAGUGAUGAUGGAUGAAAGUAAUGAGGGGUACCAUGUUGUACUGAAGUGACCCAAGAUCACAGCUACAGGAGCAUUUCAGGAAUGACCAGUGAAGAACAGAUAUUUAAAGGACUGGUGUGCUGAAAAAUUACGCAUUAAACGAUGCCCCAUGUGCAGCCCACAUAAUUCACUGUUCAAAGCUGAGAAAUGCUUUGUUUACAGAGCUCAGAAGCUGGGUUUGCAUGCUGGUCAGUGACAUCUCUGAAUCCAGAGGUGGUUUAUGCCAAGUUACAUGGAUAUGUAUGCUCCAGUGCUGUUGUCAGGAUGUAACUCUGCCUGUCGACAAAUGUGUCCAGGUCAGAGGGACUUGUCCUCCAAAUCAGACCAUUAGAGGUGGGAAAAAAUGGAGAACCUUUAGGAAAACCACCCACACAGGCCAAGGAGGAACAGUGAAACUCUAUAAAAGUAACCAAAGCUGAGAACUGAACCAGCAACCCUUGGAAAUUCAGGCAAUAACACUACACACUAUACCAGCUCAUCACUGCAGCUAAACGUAGCUCAAGUUAACUAACUUAUCCAAUGGAUUAAUUAACUAGCAAUGUUGACCUGAUCUACUAACACAGUGGUUCUCAACCCAGGGGGUGCAGAGAGAUCAGCAAGGAGGUGCAAAUUGUUUUCAAGAAAAAAAACAACACACAGACAGGGCAUCAUUUGGGUACUCUGUGUAUUUUAUUGCUUUUCAAAUAGAAUGUGCAUAAAUGAAAAACCCCGCGUUCCCUCUCCCCCUGUAUUUUCUUUUUGCUGGGGAGAGGCGGAGCUUAGCCUGCCUUUUAUCUAGACCAGUGUUGCCAACUUAGUGACUUUUCAGACCCCUUUAGUGAUGUUUUUGCCAUAAAAAAAAGUGCCUAAUGACAAAUCUAGUGACUUUUUAGCAAAAGCAAAACCUUAGCAACUUUCCAAAUGUCGCCAGUACUAUCUUGCAAGCGCAAGGUCUUGCUUACCCGUUGCACUCUCACCUCUCUCUGCGUCUGCUCUGUUCAGUGAGAGGCUGAGAGCCGGAGAUUUAACAAUGUCAUGGAUAACGAGACACGCCCUUCGUCCUAAUUUACAUAAUUCGUAAUUAGAAUACAAGAUGAAUGUUUUACAUGUAAAACAGUACACGUUAUUACAGCCUAGUUCUCUUGUUCAAAGUAGUUAUAGUGUUCAGAAUAAUUUUUUUCCAUACCUGUCCGUUAUAUAGUUUUAUAAAUCUAUCUAUCAAAACAGAUUAUGGAUUAGGUUAUAUAUAGAUAGAUUUUAUAUAGAAUAGAUCAUCAUUAUACCUGGUCUCUUCCAAUAUGGGGGUGACACAUUAUACAGGAGGCUUGGGGGGGCUUUAGUUACAAGAGGUUGAGAAGCUCUGUACUAACACAGAAGUAUUUAAGCAUAGAAACAUGAACGUAAAGUACAGUAACUCAUAGAAACAUUUACAGCUGUCAGGAUGCAUUAUCCUGCUGUGAUGGACAAAUUUGCUAUGAUGGAGGUGGUGUGCAAAUCACACAAUUGCAUUUCUAAAAAAAAUAAUAAUAACAAAAUUAAAAAAGUAUUGUGCCUCAUGAGAACGGUCGCAUAUUUAGCCUGGAAAAUCACAGUUAUGUGACUGAACACACAUCUCUUCCAGAAGUCUACAAUAUUCGAAAUGAAAACUCUCACAAAUUUAAAAUUAUUAAUGAAAUAAAUAACAGUAGGUGUUUGUGUUAAUAAAGACUUGCUCCCGACCAACACAUUACUAAUAACCCGGUGUUUUCGUCAUGUCUCGGUCCUCACAUCAGUUUCAACUUUCGUUUUUUUCAUUCUCUUAACUAUUCUUUAGAAAUCGAAACUUAAUUCACUGCUUCCUGCACAAACACGUCAUAAAUUGUCUCUACGCAGGAACUGCCACAGCUCCAGCUAAAUACCUUAACCAUAUCAGCAAUGCUUUUAGUCCGCUUCAGCUGCCUCCGCGUUACCUUUAGCAGAGAAAGAAGUGCUGAUUUUUAAUAUAGAGGAGUUUUUUUGUGUUUUUUUUGUGUGUUUUUUUUUUUUAAAUCGGGCUCUUCACAUCAUAAAUAUGAGGAAACUGUAUAUAUGGAAACAAGAUCAUGAUGAGGACAAUUAGAUCUUUCUCUUAAAGGGUUUUCAGGAAGUUCACUACACUUCCGGGAUGGCUGAAACGAGGGCUGUGGAAGAGGUACAUGUAAAUCUCAGAAGCCAUUUUCAAGUCAGUAUACUGCCAAAUAAUAGACGAGAAAUAUCACAUUCAACUGAACUUCCUGCGGAAAUUAAGGAUUGGGAUAAAGAACACGUGAGAGACUGGAUUCUCACAUUAACGGAUGUGGAUAAUGAAAAUGCAAAGAUUCUGUAUGAGCAGGACAUUAAUGGACCAAGUCUUCUAUUACUGGAGACAUCUGACAUAAAGGAUAUAGGCAUUAAGCUGGGACCAGCAAAACUGAUUAUUCACCAUAGAGAUGAACUGAAGGCUCACCAGUUGAAGAACUCAGGAAGGUUGCCUUGUACUUCAUGUAAGCCCUAUCCGUUUAAUCGAUUCCAUGCUGCCUACAGAUACAAGGAAAACAGUAUACUUGAUGUAAUAGAAACAGGUGCUCUAAAUUUAAUAGAACCAUGUCACGAGUACAAAGCAUUUAUUAAUUUCCAAAAUGUGACAACAGAGGAAAAGCUCAAAAAGUUCACAGAUGAAGUCAUUAGAUUUGCUUGUGCUUGCAUGAACAGUCGUACUAACGGUACAAUUCAUUUUGGAGUUGGUGAUUUACAAAAGUUCAGUCAUGGACAAAUUUUAGGUGCUAGUGUCGAAGACAAAGAAGCAUUUGCUAAGAAACUAGCAGAAGUGAUUAAGGUGCGGUUUGAACAUAAGCACACUGAUGUGGCAAAAAAAUGUAUUAAACCACCAAGGUUUGUUGAGGUUCUUAAAGCAGAUAUGACAUUCUCAGGAAAAUAUGUCAUAGAAGUAGAUGUUGAACCAUCCUACUUGGUUUGUAAAGACAGCUUCUUUCACAUCUACAAUUUAGACUCAAGAAAAGCAAAAAGAUCUAAAAUCACAACUGAUGAGAAGGAUAGUGGUAAAGUGUUUUACAUUCGAGACAACAGCAGUAGCAGAAAUCUUCUUUCCCAAACUUCCUCCCUGAAGUCCUUAGAAGAGUACAACAAGCAUGUUGAAAGUAUGGCACAUCUGUCCAUGGUGAGGUUGGAGGCUGAGGAAAAGCAUCUCACUGUUGUUAAAAGUAGUGUGCAGGGUUCUAAGCUCUGUGAGAUGCUAACAGGAGGCUCACAAUCUUUGGACAAAUCUCACUUUGAGCAAUAUGUAUUAGUCAUUAACAAAUCGCAUCCAGUGCAAAGAGAAUCUCUAGCAUUUCUUCUGGACAUGAACCUAACAGCUGUUUUGGACUUUGAUCCAGAAUCUUCUGAGACUGGCUUGAAUAAGCUAUUUGAUGAGAGAAACAUAAAUGUUCAUUUGCCUAUGCAGUAUAAAAUCACGGAGCCAGUUGAGGACAUAGUAAAUAAGCUGAAGCUGACCAGAGCCACAAGCUGGGUUUUCUGUAAUGGAAGCGUAAACGGUGAACCAUCCUCUGAUGUGGAUAACUGGUUAACAGAGAAAGGUUCCUCCAUUCACGAUGUUGUGUCAUUCCUCUGCCGAAAGGAUGUGCUGCCUCACAAAAGAUUUCUUAUUAUAUUCAUUCUGUUGAGUGAUGUUACUGACAAGCAUGAUCCUCUACUUGAGACCUUCAGUAUGUUUUUGCAGGAGCUGCGAGGUAUAGAUCAAAUCUUAUGCAUAUGUGAACAUGAAAGAGCAUUUAAUUACUGGAAAGAUCUCACUGAAGCACGAUAUAGCAUAAACAUACACAGAAGAUGCAUUUAUGAGCCCAGUUUUGCAGAGAUUAAUGGUACUGUCCUCAGUCUCUGGUCAGAAAAUCGCAAAUCAAGCAGAUUUUUGCCUGGUGCUGGUGGUAAGGUUUUGUUAACAAAGAAAAUAGAGGGCAGCUGGGAUACACUGAAUGUUCUAUGUGUAAACCAAUGUGAGGGAGGCAAUGAGGACAAACUGCAACUGGAGGAAACUUUUUACAAGGGAGGAAAGGUGUCCUGGUGGAACUUUUACUUUUCAGAGCAGGCAGGAUCAACGUCAUUUAUCAAACGAGACAAGUUUAAAUACAUCACUGAUACUAUUAUUCCAGGUAUGUGCUCCCUCAAGCAAGCUUGUGUUCGCUUAAACAUAUUCCAUAUUCCUGGUUGUGGAGGAACUACUCUGGCCAUGCAUGUUUUGUGGACAUUAAAAGAGAAAUUCCGCUGUGCAAUACUGAAAAACAAAGAUGUUGAUUAUGAAGAUGUAGCAAAACAGGUAGUUAACUUGUUGACCUAUGAAACAAUGGAGCAGCAAAGCCGACUUUCAGUGCUGCUCCUGAUAGAUGACUUUGAAGACUCUGAUGCUGUAAGUAAUCUCCAGCAGCACAUUGAAAAGGAAUGUCAGAAAAAAAAUGUAUCUGCCACGUCUCCCCAGGUCAUUCUUCUGAACUGUAUGAGGGAUGACUCAUGGGAGCAGACUGAAGCAACUGAUGACACAGUUUUCAUCGGUAACAAGCUAUCUGAGACGGAGAAAAUAUUGUUUGAGAAAAAGCUAGAAGAAAUUGAAAAGAUUUACCAAAAAAAUGCUGAAACAUUCUAUGGUUUCAUGAUCCUGAAGAAAGAUUUUUCUCCAGAGUACAUACAGGGUGUUGUGAAAAAUACACUGAAAGGCUUCAACUUUAAAAAUAAGAAUGCUCAACUAAUUGCAGUUCUAGUACUCUUGAAUUGCUAUUGCAAGAGUGCAAAGAUGUCAGUCUCUAUAUGUGAAGAAUUUCUUGGUCUGCCAACAAGGCCAGACGCGACUUCGUGCAAGGUUGAAGAUGGAUUCGGGAAGUUUUCCACACUUGUGACACGAUGCACAGCAGAGUCUAGUGUGGAGUUUCAGGCUAUGAGAGUGAUCCACUCAAGUAUGGCAGAACACUGUUUAAAAGAACUUACAACUACUUUUAAUGUAUCCCAAGCACAGAUCACUGACUUCCUAUUGUCAACAGAUGUGUUUUAUAGUUGCAUUCAGGGAAAGGAAAAACUCAUGCAGGACAUUCGCACUAUGUUGGUGAGAAGACAUUACUCAGCUGAGUGUGUUGCAGCAGAUGUUCAAUUUUCACCACUUAUCCAAGCCAUUGCGAAGGAGACUGUAGGGUGUGAGGAGAAUGUUUUGCUUAAUGCUGCCAAACGCUUUAAAAAAGAUGCGGUAAUAUCCCAGCUCCUUUCCAGGUACCACUAUCUGAAGAAAAAAGACUUUAGAGAGGCAAGAGUUUGGGCAAAGAAGGCAAAAGAUCUACAGGGGAAUAACUCCUACAUUUGUGAUACCUCUGCACAAGUAAUUAAGCAUGAGCUCCAAGAUGCCUUAAGCAAUGACAAAAAUGAUGAAAUAAAACCUGACAAAUUGAAAGAAUAUCUCCAAAUGGCUGAGUCCGCAACAGAGGCUUUCAGAGAAACACAAGAAAUUGCUAGAAAGGAAGUUUUAAGUCGAUCUCAAACAAAAAAAGACUUUAGCCCCUAUAACACUGCUGGUCACCUUGGUGAGCUUCAAGUUGCCGUUAUGGUGAUAAAGAUACUGGAAAAAAUCCCAGUGUUUUCUUUAGACAAGCUUCGUCAUGACAUUCUGAGUCAGGUUCUCUCAGGUAAAAUAAAAUUACAAGACGUGGAGGAAAAAGACCCAUUAAGGCAAAAGAAUGCAUCCUAUUACCAUUUUCUGAAGGAAUUUCCAGACCUUCUGUAUAACCUCAAAGACAACAUGAAGAAGCACUUUGAUUUUCUUGACAAAUAUUUUGUCAACUUGAGCUUAUUUUACUCCCAAAAAGAAUCCAGAGAGUUCUGGACACGAGAGAAGACCUUCACGUACUUUCAAAAGUAUGUUAGCCUCUUUUGCAGUUCAGGCACAAAGGAACUGAUGAGAAAUAAGACAUUGAACACCAUGCUCAAAAUUGAGAAAACAAGACAAUGGCUGGAAAAAAACAAAGCUGAUUCCUACAGUGGACUGCUUGAAUUUCUUUCCAAAGAAAAUUGUAAUGAAUUACCAGGAAGUACAACAAGAAAGAUUGAACAAGUCAUCAAUCAUUACAAGUUUAUCUUGUCUCCCACCACUUCACCACAAAAUGACAGGCACUUCAAGGACAAGGUCAACUUCAUCUAUGCAAAUAUUGUUCUCAGUAAAAUUAGCUCUGAAUCUCGUUUUUUCAUGUCCUACAUGGAUCUUCUUGAACUUGUCAAUGAAACACUUGACUGUCACGCCCCUUUCAGUGACAGCUUAGCAUUGCAUUUUAUUGCAGUGAUGAUGCUAUGGCCUGAGACCAUCUCCAUUUUGUCAGGAGAUAAUUUGAGUGACAGGUUGGGAAGUUAUGUGUCACAGAUGAGAAAUUCUUUUUCAAAUGAAAUGAAACCAGUAUGCAAUGGCAAGAGAGCAGUUGUUCAUUUUUACCUGGGGAAGAGAACAGGUUAUGACCGUUUGAUCACUCAGAAGGACAUUGAUACAUGUGUGGGCUCACACAAGACAGGACAAUUGCAAAAUGGAAAGAUAUGGGGGAACAAGAUAGUCCAAUCUAUGCUUCGCAGAGUCACAGGAAGUGUUUCUAAAAAUGCCAUUAUGGCAGACACAUCAAAUCCAAAUGUGAAGGUUGCAGUCUCUCCAUUGUUUAAAAGUCAAUUGUGUGGAGUUUGGGGUGACAGGGUAUCAUUUUUUGUUGGAUUUUCUAUGAACGGUCCAGUUGCACUUGACAUUCAGCCUGAGUCAUAGAUUUUCUGAUUGAUUUAGUGAAGGGCUUCACACCCAGACUUUGUAAUUAAUGUUUAUAAUGACAAAAUGUCUAAACAAGUAGACACUAACCUACAGCAAAUAGCACACUAGGUAAAAAUGUGUUCAAUGGUGUGUCCUUUCAAGUCCUUUCACCCAUCAUAUCAUCAUAAUCUUUAGCUAAAAAGACUAAUAGUCUAUUUAUUGUAGUCAAUAUCCAUCACAGGUCUGUAUCCUAUGUUGUUACUAAAUAGGUUAAAGGGUGUGUAGCUGUCUAAUUACAGGACAAUUUAGACCUAUUGUGAAGCCUAGCCAAUUUAUUUAAUUUAUUUUUGCUUUGAUGUGUUCUCAAGACUUGUGUAAUACUGCACAAAAAUACUUUGUUAGUUAGCAGAAUAUGUAGUAAUGCAUUACUGGUGGAAGAGAUUCUAUCUAGUUAUUGGUCACUAGACCAAUAACUGAAAUAUGAUGUCAUAAAAUCAGCUUUUCAGCAUGGUUUUAUCCUGCAAUGUUUUUAUGCCCUAAACAAUUUAAUUUCUUUUUUUUUUCUUUUUUAAACCUUUUAUUCCUUUUUUUCGUCUUUUGUUAAUUGUGGUGGUCUCAAAUGUUCCAUUUUGUGCUCAUUUGUCCUCUCUUUCACUAUGAUAUAUAUAUAUAUAUAUAUAUA